AUGAAUGGACAAAAUAAAUUAGAUGCUGUUUAUACAACUUUUGAAAACUGUGAACAUAAUAACACGCCAAUCGAAUUUUCUGAAAAAAGAAUUUUAACGAACAAAGAAAAGAGAAAACUAGAGUACGAGGAAAGAAUUAGGAAAAAAAAAGAAAAACAUUUAAAAAAAGUAAAAAAGGUAAUUACAAAAAGCAAUAUAACGUCUUUAAAUGGUAUAAAAAGCAAUUUAAUUAUUGAUAGUACUCCUUUUCCGCAUGAAACAGGCGAACAAACAAAUACUAUACUAAAGAAAAAAGAUGAACCAGAAUUAGAUAGUACAAAUAAUGUAAAUAUAAGUAAUAAAAAAGAUUUAAGGGACAAUUUAAACGAGUCUGACAAGAACCAUAAUAGAGAAAAAUAUUUUCGUGAACAACCAAUGGAGAAGGAAAAAAACAAAUAUAAAAAAUUAUGCUCUAUGAAAAAUGUAUCCAGAAAGAAAUUGAUGAAAAAAUUAAAAUUUCAAUUAAAAGAAAGUAAGGAACAAGAAAAAGAAAUUUUAUUUAAAAAACUCCAACAGUACAAAUUAAAAUUAAAUCAUCGAAAUUAUAUGAUUCCUUUUAACAAAACGAAAAAUAUUGAUAAAAAUAAUAAAGAUUUAGAAAGAUUAUUUCAGGCCUAUGAGGAAAUGAAAAUAGAUCUACCCAAUAAUUUAAAAAUGAUAAAAAGAAAAUUAGACAAGAAAAAGAAAAAGUUUUUAGAAAGUAAACAGAAAAAAGAAUUAGAAAACAAUAUUCAAGAAGAAGAAGAAGAAGAAGAAGAAAAAGAUGAAAGGGAAACGAAAAUAAAAAUGGGGGAAAAAUUAAAUAAUUAUGUUCAAAAUGAAAAUGAUGUAAUUUAUCAUAGUGGUCAACAAGAUGGUAAUAAGAAGACAGUUAUAAGUGACGCUGAAGUAGUUACUGUAAGUAAUUGUAGUGAAGGUAAAACUUUUCUUAAUUUGGAAGAUACAUUUAGUGAUGAAAUCUCAUCAGACGAUGGAUUAAUCCAACAAAAAGAUAUGCAAGGUGACAAAAAUGAAGAAAUUGAAAAAAGAAAAGAAAACUGCAAGGAAAAUUACAAGGACGGAAUUGAAAUAUAUGAAAAUAAAAGAAAAGUUAUUUACGAAUGUGUAAGUGUAAAUAGAAAAGAAAAUAUAGAAAAGAUGAGAUUAUCUUUGCCAGUUUUAGGAUAUGAACAGGAAAUUAUUGAAGCAAUUUUAAAUUAUGAUGUUGUUUUUAUAAAUGGAGAUACUGGUUGUGGAAAAUCUACACAAAUUCCGCAAUUCGUGUAUGAACAUGGUUUUUGCUCAAAUAAUUAUCUUAUUGGUAUUACAGAACCAAGAAAAAUAGCUGUUAAGAGUAUUUCAAAUAGAUUGAAUGAGGAGUUAAACACUGAUGAUAUUUCUGGGUAUCAAAUAAGAUUUGAAAAAUCAAAUUUUUUGAAAAAUAGUAAAAUCAAAGUUAUGACUGAAGGUAUUUUACUAAAAGAAAUUAUAAACGAUUUUAUUUUAUCAAAAUAUAGUGUUAUCAUUUUAGAUGAAGCACAUGAACGAAGUAUAAACAUGGAUUUAAUUUUAGGUCUCCUAUCUAUAAUUUGUAAAAUUAGAAAAAAAAAUUAUUUUACGCAUGAAUCUGAUAUUAUACCAAUUAAAGUAAUAAUUAUGUCUGCAACUAUCAAUGACAGUAGCUUUUUUGAAAAUAAAAUUUUUGAAAAUUACACUUCAAUUAAUAUCCCAACGGAAAAAGUUCCUGUUGUCGAUCACUUUCUUUCGUAUACUCCAAAAAAUUAUAUUGAAGAAGCUAAAAAAAAAAUUAUACAAGUUCAUAAAAAGUUACCACCUGGUAGUAUACUAGUUUUCUUAACGAGUCAGGAAGAAAUAUAUCGCUUAUAUAACAUACUUAGUAAUUUAAAAAUAUCGAAAGAAAGUACAGAAAAUAGCAAUUUUUAUGAAUUUAAUGCAGAAAAAAAUUAUGGUUUAAAUGAUGAUACACACUUGUUUGAUUUAAGUGAAGAGGAAAAUAAUAUGAAUGACAAAUCUAGUUUUUUUAUUAGAGAUACAGAUGAAAACAAAGAAAAAAAAAUUAUAUUUUUGGACUCCGAUGAUGAUGAAAGUGUGUGUAGCACCAUUAACGCCUUAGAUAUAACUGAUCAAUCGGUAAAUUAUGAGCAAAACAGUUCAGAAAAAAAAUUAGAGAAUAUAAUUACAAAACAAUUAUCAACAUGGGAAGAUUAUCCAAUUGAACAAGAAGAACAAAAAUAUAAAGCAUGUAAUAAAAAUAAAAACCAACAGUCAGAACUUUAUAAUGAAAUAGAAGUACAUAAUUUGGGAACAUUGAAAAAUGGGACUAUAGCUAAUUGUUGUGGGAAAAGUGAUAUUCAGAAAAGGAACAUUGUCGAAGAUGGAGAUAAUGAUUAUCGUGAGGAUCGAAAUUGUGAAAAUGAUUAUAAAAAAGGGGAAGAGAAAGACGAAAGUAGGGAUGAAGAUCAAGAGGAAGACGAAGAUAGAUAUGAGGAGCAAGAGGAGGACGACGAUAGUUGUGAAGAGAAAGAAGAAGAAGACGUUAGCAAUGAGGAGCAAGAAGAAGAUGAUGAUGGCUGUAAAGAGCAUGAGAAAGACCACGAUAAAAUUAUUGAGAAUGAAGAAAAGGAAAAUAGUGGUACAAAGCAGAAUGAGGUAAAAAAUCGAAAACUUAAAAAACAACCAAAAAAAAAAAAAAAAAAAAAAGAUGAAAACAUAAAAAAGGAUUCAAGCAUUUGGAAGGGAAGCGAUGGAUCAGGUAAAUUAAAAAUUUUCAAGUUAUAUGCCAAUUUACCUAUGAAUGAACAAAUGCUUUUAUUUAAUAACCCUAAAGAUAAUGAGCGAAUUUGCAUUUUAAGUACAAAUAUAGCGGAAACGUCCAUUACUUUGCCUAACAUUCGCUAUAUCGUGGAUUGCGGAAAAGAAAAGAGGAAAAUAUACUCGACUCUAAAUGAUUACUCUUACUAUAUUAUUGACAAUAUUAGUAAAAGUUCUUCACUUCAGAGAAAAGGAAGAGCCGGUAGAAUCUUACAUUUAUUAAAAAAAAAUAAAAAGAAUAAAAAGAAAAUAGAAAUGGAAAAGGGGCAUGUAUAUAAAUUAUAUUCUUCUAAUUAUUACAAUUAUUUUUUCAAAAAUCAUAAUGACUGUCCAAUAUUAAAUUAUCCCCUUGAUUCUUUAAUUUUAUACUUAUUAAGUUUUAAAAUAAAAAAUGUGGAAAAUUUUCCAUUUAUUAAUAAACCAGAUAAGUGUAAAUUUGAAGAGGCAAAAAAAAGAUUAAUUUAUCUUAAUUGUAUUUAUUUUUUAUACGAAGAUAUCAAAUUUCUUUUUAAAAAUGUAGAUGAUAAAGUUGCUUCAAGAAAAAGUAUUGAAAAUCAUAUAAAAAUAUUUAAUCCAGAGCAUAAAAGUGGAAUUACGCUUACAGGUAGUUUUAUCCUGUCUCUGCCAAUAAGUACGAGAUACGCUAAAAUUUUAACGGAUGUUUGCUUAAAAUCUUUAGCUAUAAAUCAGACAAGUUCAAUUCCUUUAGCUUGUCUCUUAGUAUCUUGCUUAUAUAUGGAAUCGAUUUUUUCAUAUGAUUACAAGCUAAGUGUAAGAUUCGGGAAAAAAGAAAAAAAAAAGAAGGGCAAUAAUAGCAGUAAUGACAUUGGAAACAUUGGCAACGUUGGUAGUAAUGAUAAUUAUGAUAAUGGCAGGAACAAAAGUAAUAAUAUUAAUAAUAAUUUAAUGAAUAUAUUUUUUAAAAAAAAUAACGACGAAGUUAACCAGGAUGAACUGUCUAGCUGCAGCAGUGAAAGUUCCUACUGUGAAAACACAUUUUCACCAGAAAAUUACGACAACAACAUGAAUAGCAAUGUUCUGGAAGAUUUUAAAUUAAAAUUUGAUAAUGAUAUUGACUUUUAUUUAAACCUAUGCACUUCUUUUUAUUUUGCAGAUGACAAGAAUAAUUUCUGUUACAUUAUGCAUUUGGAUAAAAAAAAAAUGGAUGAGUUACUUAAACUGUCUAAUUAUUUAAUUAAAAUAAUUAACGUUAAACUUAAUACGAGUAUUAAUUUCGAUAUUUUAGAAAAAGCCCCAUCCGAAUUAUCAAGAAGAAUAAUACAUUAUUCAGUUGUUCAAGGAUUUAUAGAUCAUUUUGCAAUUCGUUCUGAUUUAAUACGUAACGAUUAUACAAGAAAUUCAAAUUUAAGCUUUAAUAAUAAAAAGGCCUACUUUACCCAAAAUAUGAAAUCUCCUGUAUAUAUUAAUUCCACCUCGGUCUUGUAUAAAAACAGGCCCUACCCAAAAUAUAUUUUAUAUAAUUAUAUAAUGAAGAAUAAAAAGUCAUAUGUUAUGUAUGAUUGUCUAAAUAUAAAUGAUUCAGAUUUAGGAAAAAUAACAAAUGUCUGUAUUUACAUCAACGGAUAUGAAAAAAUACCACCAGCGAAAUAUGAUAUUCAGAAUGAUAAAAUUAUUGUUUGUGUAAAACCUUUUUAUUUACCUUGUUCUCAAUAUUUGCCUAUAACUACAAAGGAAUUAAGUGAAAAUGAUUUUCUUUUUUAUAAUUACCUUGCCUUUUUUAUAUUAGAUGGGUCAAUGUUUCCGAAAAUGUCAAAUUUUAAAAUUUUUUAUUCUCAUUCAUUCAAUGACAUUAUCAAUUGUAACCAUCAAAAUUUUAAACAUUUUAUAAAUGCAUUAAGAAGUAACAAAAUAAAUAAUAGGGCUGCCUUAAUAAGUAAGUGGAAAACGCAAAACAAUUUCUUAAAAAAGGAAUUUUUGUCUUUGAUUGAAAGGAAAUUUAAUAAGUGUAACCAACGCCUUAUUAAUGACUUCUGGCCUCCUUUAGAUUCAACCAAAAUAGGUAUUGGUGUAUAA